GUCGAAGACGCGUCAAAUCGUACGAAGGUGCUCUGGAAAGUAGUGGAUGCUGUUUGUAGUUUUUCGAUGGAAAUUCUGUAAUUUGCUCGAAAUUCUUCCAUAAACUUGUGAUCAAAUCACGGAACAUCAUCAGUGCGUUGGUUUGCUCAUAGCGCAUUGCCAGUCGCGAAUGCCUAUGAUGAACCCAUACGGUUCUUACGAUCGGCGUGAAGAAGCAGAAAGUGAAUGAACAGAGAAUUGCAUCUUCAAUAUUCCUAUGCUUCGAAUGUAACUGUCAUUCGUUUCUUAAUUUAUGUCUCAGUUUUUCUUCCCUACACUUUCGUGACUACGUGAAUUCUCGGUUCUACGUUUUAUUCACCCAAACACCCUUGCAAGGGUCACUGUUGUCCCACUAUUACUUUGUUUUGCAAUCUCUCACCUAGCCUGUCGAUCGUGAACGAAGCGAGGUAUCCCGUGGCGUUAAAUCGUUUGCCAUAAAAAAAAUAGCUAAAAUCCUUACAAGUUAAAUUUAAAGCACACAUAAAUAUACUCAAACAUAAACAAAAACAUGGCUAAUAAAAUGGUCGGUAAGGGUAAAUUACCCGUUGAAUCCGAAGAUGCACAGAAGCUCAGAUUUCAGGUCGAACUGGAGUUCGUUCAAUGCUUAGCAAAUCCGAAUUACUUGCAUUUUUUGGCACAGCGAGGCUACUUCAAAGAUGCUGCCUUUGUUAACUAUCUCAAGUAUCUGCUGUACUGGAAGGAACCGGAGUACGCAAAGUAUCUCAAGUUUCCCAUGUGCCUGUACUUCUUGGAUCUACUGCAGUACGAGCACUUUCGGCGCGAAAUCGUUAGUGCCCAGUGCUGCAAGUUCAUCGACGAUCAGGCGAUCCUCCUGUGGCAGCAUUACACCCGGCGGCGCACGAGAUUGACGGCCCUCGGUACGACCAGCUUGACGGGAUUGGCUGUGGGCGGACAGCCCGUCGGAGGCGGGGUACAGGGCACACUGUUAUCGAACGAACCGUCAUCGAUCAUGCCCAACACUGGCAACAAUAAUGGCAACCAAGCUGGCAGUAAUGGCGCUGGCAGUGGCAUCAGCAACAACAACGGCAGCAGCAACAAUGGGCCCAACAGCGGCAGUGUCAACGUGCCAACUUCUGCGGUGCAGCAACAGCAGCAGCAGCAACAACAGCAAAACGGAGCUGGUAUACCGCAGCACAACGGUGUGGGUGGAGGUGGAAGUGGUGGUGGCGGUGGUGGAGGCAGCAUGAUGGGUAAUCCUUUAGGGACGAUGGGCACAGGUGGCGGUAUCGCUGGGGGCGGUAUUAACCAGAAAGUUCCUUAAUCAUUCGUUAGCACAUGUGCGCUGUGGUCGACCCAUGGUUGAAUCGAGAAUAACGUCCUCAUACGUUAUCGUACAAACGCGUUGGGUAUCGUUGCUGUAUAAAGACUGUUUUUAUAAAUAUUGUAUAGUGUAUGGUAGAAUAAAAUAAUGAUUAAGAUUAACUCUUAAUUCAGAUAUCUAC